GUCCUUCUAGUCAGCCAUUCACAUAUUUUUCACUUUUCCACUGCGGAAGAAAACUAAACUCUUAACGGGAAGGGGAGAAAUAUACUAUUUUUUAGAGUCAGUGCGCGGGGGUACAGGUUAGUUGAGAUGGCCAAUGAGGCGAAGCCGUGUCCAUGUGACAUGGGAUACAUGAUGGAGUAUGGAGGUGUUGGCCAGGAGGUCCAGAUAGAACACAUCAAGGCCUACCUGGUCAAGCCUCCCUCUGAUUCAGACAAGGCCGUCAUCAUCAUCCAGGACAUCUAUGGCUGGCAGCUACCCAACACCAGAUACAUGGCUGACAUGCUGGCCUCCAAUGGAUACAUUGCAGUGUGUCCUGACUUCUACGUUGGAAAGGAGCCAUGGAGUCCAGCACAAGAUUGGUCUACCUUUCAGCAGUGGCUGGAGGACAAGAAGCCCACCAAUAUCAACAAGGAGGUGGACGCAGUCCUGAGGUUUCUGAAGAGCCAGUGUGGGGCCCUGCGUAUUGGGGCAGUGGGCUUCUGCUGGGGGGGGGUGGCCACCCACUACCUGGCUCUGCAGUACCCUGAGGUCAGGGCAGGGGUAUCUGUCUAUGGAAUCAUCAGAGAGAGGGAGGACAGGUAUGAACUGAAGAGCCCGACACUGUUUAUCUUCGGAGAGAAGGAUGACGUCAUCCCACUGGACCAGGUGAGUGUCCUGGAGAAGAACCUGCAGGAGAAGUGUACAGGUGUAGACUACCAUGUGAAGGUCUUCCCAGGUCAGACUCAUGGCUUUGUUCACCGGAAGAGAGAGGACAUCAACACCACAGACCAGCCCUGCAUCCAGGAGGCCAGGACAGACAUACUCAACUGGUUGCAGAAAUACAUGUAGGAUAUCUACAGAGCAGUUGUCAAUCAUCUGCCGUCCAUGGUAGAGUGAACAGAAAGCAUAAAAAUGCAAAUCCAAUUUCACUACACCACUAACCUUAUUAAAAAGUAAUAGCUAAUGUAAUUGAUCAUCAGUUCUGAGGUCAUUUCCACAUAUGUCCUUUCUGAAUAGCAGCCUAUCUGGUGAUUAUCAUGUCCUUGAUUUAUCAUGAUCAAAUUCAAGCUGGCGGGGUGUUUUAAUGUGGAAUCUGUCGUUGCCAUAUUUGUAGUAGACUUUAGUUUUGUACCUUUUUCUUGCAGUACAUUGUACACAUGAUCUCUUCCUUGUAUACAUGAUCUCUUCCUUGUAUACAUGAUCUCUUCCUUGUAUACAUUUUUUUUUUUACCUUUACCUUUAACCAGGCAAGUCAGUUAAGAACAAAUUCUUAUUUUCAAUGACGGCCUAGGAACAGUGGGUUAACUGCCUGUUCAGGGGCAGAACGACAAAUUUGUACCUUGUCAGCUCGGGGGUUUGAACUUGCAAUUCCGGUUAUGAGUCCAACGCUCUAACCACUAGACUACCCUGCCGCCCCAACGAUCUCUUCCUUGUAUACAUGAUCUCUUCCUUUUACACAUGAUCUCUUCCUUUUACACAUGAUCUCUUCCUUUUACACAUGAUCUCUUCCUUUUACACAUGAUCUCUUCCUUGUACACAUGAUAUCUUCCUUGUACACAUGAUAUCUUCCUUGUAUACAUGAUCUCUUCCUUGAAUACAUGAUCUCUUCCUUGUAUACAUUCUGUAUUUUUGCAUACGUUAUCUGUUCAUUUUGUAUGCAUUGUACACAUUACCUCUUCAUUGUAUACAUUAUAAAAACAAGGAAUUACUUUUAACUGCAAAGUGUAUAAAAAAUAUAAAUGCAAUUAUAUUUUAUUUCUGAUUUGAUGUUUGUGUUUAAUAUAAUGUAAUACCCAAAGAUAUCAAUAAAGACAUUAUGCUUCA